AUGACAGGUGCCAGAGAGCUCACGAAGCGGUACAACUUGCGGCCUCGUCCCCCCGACGCGGCAACCGAUGCCGAGCAUCUCCAGACCACAGCGCCCGCCGCCACCAACGGGAACCACCACAGCAACAAUGGCGGCGCAACAGAAGCCAAUUCCACAGACGCCCACAUGAGCAAGCAUAUCCAGAGGAACAAACGCAACAUCUUCCGUUUCGCCGAUCUCCCGGCCGAGAUUCGCAACGAGAUCUACAACCUGAGCCUCAAAACGGAUUUCCCAAUCGCUCUCUGCACUUUCGACUCGCUCAUCAACGGAGAGCAUAAGCUCAGGCAGAAAAUAUACUCAGAUGGUCCAAAGGCCCUCUUCGUCUUCCUCAGCUCUCAUUCCUCAACCCCCAAGGGAUGGUUACAGGAGUUGACCUUCUCGUACUGGGCCAGCUCACCACCAUACUUCCACGGGUUCCCUCCAUACGAUCAAGGCACAGAGGGACGUGCUUUCCUACUUCCCGCACUCACGGCUCUCAAUGGAGCAGCCAACUUGAAGAACUUUCACUUGGAAUUUUCCAUUGAGAGGAUUCAAAAUCAAUACUGGACUUCGAGGAGGACUGCAAUGCGCCUUUACAGUUUCAUGCACUUUUGGCUACAUGCUCUCAGCAAGGAGAAGAGUAGCAUCUCACGGGCUGUAGAGCUGAUUGACGUCAAGAUCGUCGAUUUGUCUUACGAUGAAUUCAAAGCCAGGGAUGACCAGUGGAGCUUUCCGGGAUAUGCAAAGCACGUGGACAAGAGUGGUCUCAGAACUUCGAUGCUGCGUGAGCAUUUGGUGCAGUGCAUGGAUGGUCGGCUCACACGGCAGAUGUUGUCUGAACUUGAUCCUAUUAGACCUGAGAGGGAUCUAAUCUUCCACGACAGUGUUUGA